ACAAUAUUUCUGGAUUCUUCUACUUAGAUCUCCUCAACAACAUCGGUCUCAAUGGACCUCUUCUUCUUCAUCAUAGCCGCCGUCACCCUAUCACUAUUCUUUUUUCAUUUUCGACGCCGGCGCGCGGCAAAGAACCUCCCGCCGGGCCCACGGGGAUGGCCUCUGUUGGGCAACCUCGUGCAAGUCAUUCUUUACCGCCGAGCUUUCGUGUUCAUGAUGCGAGACUUACGUAAAAAAUACGGUCCCAUCUUCACCAUGCAAAUGGGACAACGAACCCUAAUAAUCGUCACCAGCUCCAAGCUCAUACACGAGGCCACCGUGCAGCGCGGCGCUUGCUUCGCCAACCGCCCCGCCGACUCCCCUAUCCGCCUUAUCUUCAGCUCAGGAAAAUGCACCAUCAACUCCGCGGAAUACGGCCCGCUCUGGCGAGCCCUCCGCCGGAACUUCGUGACAGAACUCAUAAACCCGAUGCGGAUAAAGCAGUGCGAUUGGAUCCGGACUUGGGCAGUGGAGGAGCAGCUAAAGAGACUCAGAGAAGAGGCUUCGGAGAAGGGUUUCGUUGAGGUCUUGAGCAAUUGCAGGCUCACAAUAUGCAGCAUCCUAAUUUGUAUAUGCUUCGGUGCGAAGAUAUCGCAAGAUCGGAUUAAGAAGAUAGAGAGCGUUUUAAAAGAAGUUCUGUUGAUGAGCACUCCGAAGCUUCCAGAUUUCUUGCCGGUUCUUACUCCGUUGUUCCGAAGGCAACUGAGAGAAGCGAGAGAGGUGAGGAAGAGACAAUUGGAGUGUUUGGCUCCUCUGUUGAGAGACAGAAAAGCUUUCUUGGAAAACGGAGGUGGAAAUAAAGCUGACCAGAAUAAUUACAAGAUGGUCAGUCCGGCUGGUGCGGCUUAUAUUGAUUCGCUGUUCGAGCUUGACGUUCCUAAUCGAGGCCGCUUGGGAGAGGAUGAACUCGUGACGCUGUGUUCGGAAGCCAUUAAUGGCGGAACCGAUACGACGGCCACGGCUGUGGAGUGGGCUAUGUUUAACUUGGUGAAGAACCAGAAGAUUCAAGAGACGAUAUAUAAGGAAAUUGUGGAGACUGUGGGGGAAAAUGGGGUGGUGACUGAAAACGACGUGGAGAAAAUGACUUAUCUCGGCGCGGUGGUGAAGGAGACUUUCCGGCGACACCCUCCGACGCAUUUCAUGCUGUCGCAUUCGGCGGUGGAGGAGACGGAGCUCGGCGGCUACACUAUUCCGGCGGAUGCGAGUGUGGAGUUCUACACUGCUUGGGUAGCUGAGGAUCCGGGUUUGUGGAAGGACCCGGGAGAGUUUCGACCCGAGAGAUUCUUGGAGCGGAACGGUGCUGACGUGGAUGUGACAGGGACGAGGGCGGUCACGAUGGUGCCGUUUGGGGCGGGGCGGCGGAUCUGCCCCGGCAUGAGUUUGGGCACUUUGCAUGUGAACUUGCUGGUCGCAAAGAUGGUGCAGGCUUUCAAGUGGUUACCGGUUCCGGUUUUCCAGCCCGACCCGACGGAGACCUUUGCUUUCACGGUUGUGAUGAAGAAUCCUCUCAAGGCUAUCAUUUCUCCUAGAUAAAAUUAAACAAUGCCUGCGUGAUUCAGGUUUUUACUUUUGCUUAGAAUAAAUUUCUUUGUGUGUGUGACGGCUUCAAGCUUAAUUAUCUUGUUUGUAUAAGGUUUUAUUUUCUUAAUUUAUUAAAUAUAUAUUGCAGCUUAAUUAUGUUUUAAUUUGUGGUAGAAUACAAAUAUAUACACUGGAAUAUAUAUUUGGAUAAGAUGAGCUCUUCCCAUUGUAAUUCGCGCGGUUGAUUUUGUGAAA